AUGAUCAAUUAAAAGAUUGGAAAUUAGCAAAAUAUCAAUAUUUAAGAUUGUUAAAAAGGAGAAAUAAAUCCUGAUUAAUAAACAUCUAAAAAUUUAGUUACAAAUGGUUUUAAACUUUAGGAUAACCUUUAUCCUUAAAUGAUGUAUUUAUUAAUUGAUUUACAUAAGAAAGAAAAUUUGUUUAAUACAAGCUUAUUGCAGAAUGAUAAUAUAAAAAAAAAAAUAUAAAUGUAUGAAAGCAUGGGCAAUUAAAAGAGGAAAAGUUUAUGAAGAACUCAUUUAAACUGAAGUGUCUUAUUUGGCUGAUUUAAAAAUUGUUCUUGAAAAAGUAAUAAAAAAUGUUAAAGAAAUGAAGCUAUUAUCAGAUAUUGAAAUAUAAAAAGCCUUUAGUAAUAUAAGUUAAAUAUAUGAUUUAAACAAAGCCUUUUUAAGAGAAUUAUAAAGUAAUAAUCAUAUAUAUUAUCAGAAAAGCUAGAUAUAUAUCAUAAUAAUGUAUGUGUAGGUCAUAUAUUUUUAAAGUAUAUUCCUUUUUUUAAGAUGUAUUUUUAAUAUUUGUAGGAAUUUAAAAUCGAUUAAAUUUCAAUUUUAAGAAGUUAAUACUAAGAAUUUGACAAUUUCUUAAACAAUUUAGAAGAAGCCUGUGUGUUUAAAGGUGGUGAUCUUAAUUCAUUUUUGAUAAAACCUGUAUAAAGAUUACCUAGAUAUUCUUUAUUAAUAACAAGUGUAGUAAAAUACACUUGGAAAGAUCACCCUGAUUAUUAAGAUUUAUAGAAAACUCUAAAUUAGUUUGCUUCUGUAACUUAAUAAAUUGAUUUGCUUAUAGGAAAGUAUGUUAAUUAAUAAUAUUAUAUUUUAGCAUACUUAAAAAUUAAGCCCUUUUUGAAUUGUAAUAUAAGUUUUUUAAUUUGAUUAAUGUACAAAUUGUUGAAUCUACUAGAUAAUUCAUAUUGACAGAAUCUUUAUAUAUGAUUAAUUAAGGUUAAGAAGAACAAAUUAAUUUAUAUUUAUGUACUGAUUUAAUAGUAUUGACAAAAAUGAGUGAAGAAAAUUAAAAAUAUAUAAAAGAAGGAUUGAUCACUUAUUCAUUUUUAGAUUUAUAAUCUUAUUAUAAAAAUGAAUAAGUUCCUUCUUUAAAUUUUACUUUAGUUGCAGGUGAAUAAUAAAUGAUGUUUAUUUGUUAAGAUUAAGAAUAAAAAAUAAAAUUAUAAUAGGAAUUUGAUUCAUUAUUUGCUAACCUAAAAAAUAAUGCAUCCCAAAGAAGUGCUAACUGUAAAAAGAAAACAUAAAUAUACUCUCCAAUUAAAGUUUAAAUAGUAUCUAUAACAAGAGGAUAAGAACUUUUGAAAUCCUACGCUUAAUACAAUAUAAUAGUAAAUUAUGAAUUUUAAUGAUUAGGUAAUCAAUUAAUCAUAAAGUUAUGCAAUAUAAACUAGACAUAAGGUUUUAUUAAAAUUGUAGAAAAAGCUUGAAAUUGAAUUUCAAUAGGAAUCAAAAUCUGAGACAGGAUCUAAUAUUUUAUUCUAAAAUUGGAUAAAGAAUAGAUUAAAUAAAGAAUAAAAUGAUGGAAGAAAGGUUAUAGUUCAAGAGUUUUUAGAGACUUUGUUAAACUCUCAUUUAGUAAAAUCUAGGCCUGAAUACUUUCUACGUAAACUUAAAUUACCAUAGAAUUUUUACAUUAAGCAUGAUAUGUUUUAGAGUAAUAACAAUUCUCUAGCAUAAAGUAAAAUAGAAUGA